AUGGUUGCUAAUAUAUUUCCAGUGGGAGCUGUUGUCUUCAGGAAACAUUGCAGAUCCCCACAGGAAGCCAGUUUCAAGACCACAACAAACGCACAAAAGGGGGGCUAUCAUUGGUUUCACCUGUGCUCUCCGAGGAUGAUGCAACAGUUUGGCAUUGGCAUCUCUACUUGGGGCCUAUUGGCAACACCCACCAAGGCCAAGAGGCACGAGAUGCUAUAUGAUUACAUUGAUGGCCAGGUCUUUUGGCGCUUUUUCAGCUGGCGAAAAUCAGGCUUCCAAAGAUUCCAUUUCGUUUUCAGAUGGAUUUGCUCCUGUCGAUCCUCACUCUCAGCAGCCAGCACUCAAUCUGCAGGCACUGUCGAAUCGAAUCUGGCAGAGGAUUGGGUGGUAUUGCAUGAGAGGCUGGAGCACACAUCAUCGUGCACAUCCCAAGCAUCAACGGGUUGGUUGCACGUUCGUUGUUUCCAGUUGUUUUGGAAUCGAAUCGAAUCGAAUCGCUCGAUGCAUCGAGGUACCGUAGUUGAAUGGGCGACCCCCAAGGAUUCCCCUACUGCUGGUUCUACACCAACCAAGCUGGGGACCUUGCUUCUGUUGUCGGGGACGCACUGGAUAAGGCCGUAG